CACAGACAUUUCUCGGAGGCGGACACACACUCGCUGACGGUCUGAAGAGUAGUGUUGAUUGACGUAGCUGGUGUUUCGCGACGCACUUUGAACUGCUUCUCCUUUGGAGGUACCCUGAGUGGCUCGGAGUGAAGUGACUCGUCUACGCAGGCGACAGAGGGAUGUCGACGUGGCUGCUGCCGCUGGAGGCGCUGCCCGCGCCGUCGACGGGCGCGGCGGUGCUGGUGGCGCUGCUGGUGGGCGCGGCGGGCGCCCUCUACGCCUACGUCACGCGCCACUUCGACUACUGGCGCCGCCGCGGCGUGCCCUUCCUGCGCCCGCUGCCCGUCGCCGGCAACCUCAAGGACGUGCUGCUCUUCCGCAAGCAUGUCGGGAACGUGCUGCACGAGGUCUACACGCAUGAAGUGUUUAUUUUAAAGAAAUCAAUUCUGGUUGACGCGAAUAUAGCUCAAGGACUGAAUAAAUUCUUCUUUCUAAUUCCAGGUGAUCGCUGGAAGGAUCUACGGUUGAAGUUGAAUCCGGCAUUUACUGUAACAAAACUGAAACGAUUCUACGUGCUUCUUCAACAGAAGGCAUCAAAUCUUGAUCACUAUUUCGACGAUGCUGCAAGAAAAGAUAUGGAUGGUGACGUGCUCAUCGCACAAGCAUUCAGUGUAUUUUCGGCGGGGUUCGAUACCACAUCAUCUACCAUGAGCUUUGCUCUGUACCACUUGGCCAAAGAGAAAGAUAUUCAAGACAGACUCAGAAGUGAAUUACAAAAGGUUCUUCACGACAAUGAUGGGAAACUUACAUAUGAUGCAUUGCAAAGUGUGGAAUACUUGGAUAUGAUUUUCUCAGAAACACUCAGGUUGUACCCAAAUCUUCCUUUCUUGGACCGAACUUGCACGAAAAAUUACAAUAUUCCUGGCACCGACAUCGUCAUCGAGAAAGGCGUUCCAGUCUUUGGGAGUUUAUAUGGAAUCCAAAGGGACCCUCAGUUCUUUCCCGACCCUGAUCGCUUUGACCCGGAAAGGUUCUCUGCCGGGAAGAAAGCGAAUAUCCCCAAAAGCUGUUUUGUGCCUUUUGGAGGAGGCCCACGGAAAUGCAUAGGUUUCAAACUUGCUUAUCUGCAAGACGACAGAGGGAUGUCGACGUGGCUGCUGCCGCUGGAGGCGCUGCCCGCGCCGUCAACGGGCGCGGCGGUGCUGGUGGCGCUGCUGGUGGGCGCGGCGGGCGCCCUCUACGCCUACGUCACGCGCCACUUCGACUACUGGCGCCGCCGCGGCGUGCCCUUCCUGCGCCCUCUGCCCGUCGCCGGCAACCUCAAGGACGUGCUGCUCUUCCGCAAGCACGUCGGGGACGUGCUGCACGAGGUCUACACGCAGAUGAAGGAAGAGCCCUAUUUGGGAUUAUUCUUUUAUGAUGUACCUGUGUUCUUCAUUAAGGAUGCUGAGUUAUUCAAGGAAAUUCUAACAAAUGAUUUUGAAUAUUUUCAAGACAGGGGAUUUUCACCUGAUAAAGAUGACCUCAUUUUUUCUGAGUCACUAUUUGCAAGAAAGGGGGACCGUUGGAAAGACCUACGUUUAAAGCUUCAUCCAGCAUUUCCCGUAACGAAACUGAAACGUUUCUACGAUCUUAUUGAACAGAAAGCAUCUAACCUUGAUCACUAUUUCGACGAAGCUGCAGAAAAAGGCGAGCCGUGUGACGUGUCGAACGCGUGUGCCCGCUACACGAUGGACGCCGUCGCCACUGUGGGCUUCGGCAUCGAGACGACCGCCCUCACGAACGAUGACGAUCCGCUGCACCGCGUGUUGCGGACCACUUUCGUCUACAGCAAGCUCUACCUUCUGGCGCUUCUGCGCUUGCUGCGCUUGUCGCUGGUGCCGGCGCCGCUGGCCGACUUCCUGCGCAGAACGGUGUGGGCGGCUGCGCGCGAGCGGGAGCGCACGGGGACGCUGGGCGCGCGCAGGGACAUGCUCGACCUUUUGCUCGAGCUGCGCGACAAGGGCCGCAUCGCUGCGGACGAGGACACGGCCGAUGGUGGCGAUUCUGGUAGACGCAUUGCUGAUGAUGGCAAUGGUCCUAUAGUAGAGAAUGACUCUACUGAGAGCGGUGAAGAAGCUGGUUCCAGCGUAAGUGAUAUGGAUGGCGAUGUGCUCAUUGCUCAAGCAUUCACUAUGUUUACCGCUGGCUUCGAAACCACAUCGGCUACUAUGAGCUUCGCCUUGUACCACUUGGCCAAAGAGCAAGUCAUUCAAGACAAGCUCAGAAAUAUAUUGCAAGAGGUAGUUCAGAAUAAUGAGGGGAAACUUUCAUAUGAUGCAUUGCAAAGUGUGAAGUACUUGGAUAUGAUUUUCUCAGGUUUCAAACUUGCUUAUUUGCAAGGUAAGCUUGGCCUAGCACAUCUUGUCUUGAAUUACAAGUUUUGGCCAUAUGCAGCAACGCCUUCCAAGAUGGAGUACAACAUUCACAGCUUUAUGCUUUCACCACGCAAUGGGGUGCCAUUAAUGUUUUCUCGCGUUGAAAAAUGAAGCCUUUAAAUUCUCGAAACAGAAAAUUUGAAACCUGUUUUCGCCUGAAUAUUGUAGUUUUAUGUAGAGUCUUGACUGCAUAUAAGACAGUAUUGACAACUAGAAACCAAACGGAGAAAAAAUUGACGGUUUGAUUUUUUAAUGAACUUUAUAUGAAUACUCAAUUAAAUUUUCAAACGUUUCUUAAAAUUGGUUCACAUUCUUUUGUAGAACAUUGUUUUCGGAUAGCGUAGAGAACAAUUAAAAGAAUGGCGCAGACAUUUUUGUCGAAUUCUCUGAUUUUUCAAAACUUGACAGUGUCUAAAAUUCUCUCUUCCUGCAACUAUAAAAUUGAAGAUUCAAAAUUUUUCUUUUAUAAAACCUGUCCUUCAAAGACGGAUGGUGAAAUAAUAUCAUGUACAUUUUUUGAAAAUACGUACCCUUCGCUUAAGUUUGUGCGAAUUAUAAGCAAUUUUUAAUUUUUUUAAAGAAUUAUUUUCUCAACAACGAUUCCAAUUUUUUUUUAAUUUUCUCCUGUAUGUAUCAACGAACGGUAAACAAGAUCUGAUCCCAUUUCCGGGUAACUUUUAUAUUUAAAAUUGAAAGAUGUUGACAUUUCAAAGCUGCAAAAACCAGGAAAAAGAUUUUUACCUUAAAUAAACUCUGUUAUAAAAUAUUAACUCUAAAAAAAUCAUGCACAUUUUUUAAAACCAACAAUGAAUUUUAUUUUCAAUAUAGCAAUAUCUGAUAUAAAUUAAUGUAUACUAUUUUAUAAACUUCACAAACACUGCUCGGAUUUCUUCUUCUAUUUUUCCCCUUGAGUAGAGCACGAGACGCUUAAAAGAAUAGUGUAUGUCGCAUUUCCAUUGAACUAUCUGAAUUUUAGAAAAUUGCAAAAGUUAUAGUUAAUGCAAAAGUUUGUCAUUGCAGUACCUCUUGUUUUUCAUAGUGAUAAAAAUUGAAGG